CUCCUCACGCUUUUUCGACACACCAGGUUGGUCAAGCAUGGCACCACCUGCGACUGAACGGGACGGCGAGGUGUCCGUCGCGGCGACAAUGCUGGGCAGCGCAAUGGCGGGCAUUCUCGCUCGAGUGGUGUGCCACCCACUGGACGUGGCCAAAGCCAACCUUCAGGUCGCAGGGCAAGUGGCGUACCGCAACUCGUAUCACGUGCUACAGUCGACCUUCCAGAAGGAAGGGGUGCGCGGACUGUACCGUGGGUUUGGCGUCAUUUUGCUCGGGUCGGCUCCCGCGACGUGCCUCUACCUGACAUCAUACGACCAAAGCAAGAGGUGGCUGGAGUCGCACCCGGCGUUCCAGUCCAAUGUGUUCGUGACGUCGUUUUCGGCUGGCGUGAUGGCCGAAGCGCUGAGCUGUGUGUUUUGGGUUCCCAUCGACGUUAUCAAGGAGCGCAUGCAAGUCCAGCGCAAGACGGGUGGAGGCGUGUUCUACAAGAAUGCAGUGGAUGCAUGGCGCACGAUUGCACGAACGGAAGGCGUGCGAGGCUUGUAUCGAGGCUACGGCGCCACGCUGUGGUCGUUUGGCCCGUUCUCGGCAUUUUUCUUUUUGUUUUACGAAAAGAACAAAGCCGUGGCCGAAGCUGUCCACGGCACCGACGACGUCCCGUUUGCAUCGCUCUUGGCAUGCUCGGUCACUGCCAGCGCCGGCGCUUCCAUCGUGACCAACCCGCUGGAUCUGGUCAAGCUUCGCAUGCAGAUCGAGCGGAUGCAGCAGCACCCCACGGCCGCCACAUACCAGAACACGUUCCAAGCGUUGCAACGCGUGGCCAGGAAGGAAGGGUUCGUGGGUUUAUGGAAAGGCGUUGGCGCCCGCGUCGCGUUCCAGGCCCCCCUCACUGGCUUGACCCUGGCGUUGUUUGAAAAGUGCAAGCACGUGUGUGCCUUUGCUGUCUAGUCGCCCAGUCCGUGUCAUGGUGGUGGAGUGCGGCGCGAUAAUCGGCAGUGGUGCGGUCGCGCUCUCGGUUGCACCACUUGAUAUUGUCAUGGAAAUCGAACGCGAAUUCAAAAAGGUCAUCGGUGUCGAGUGUGGGUCGACAUGGGCACCCCUCCCCGCAAGUCACUUUCAAUGUUUUUAUUUGUACGAUGGGUGGGGCAGACAGGUAAAUAGGCGGCGCCCUAGAACACCGACUGGUCCUCGGUGCGGCCAAAGAAGAGCCAAUUGACGAACUGGUCCAUGGAGGAUGGAGGUUGCAACACGCCCUUGAGGAUUUCUUGGUCGACUGCGAUCUUGUUCUUCUCGCGGGUCGCCGCCGCCGUCGUGCUACGCUUCAUGUCAUAGGCCAGCCCGAGGCACGCCAUGAUAUCGAUGAAGCCCUUGGUCGGGUUCCACUGACCCGUGACGCCCAUUUCACCUGUCGCGUAGUCGGUCGGGUACCGGUGGUGGUAGUUGUGCCAGCCCUCGCCGAUCGCGCCGAUCGACACAAACAGGUUCUCGACGGCGCGACUGUUGCGGUCGUACGGCUUGUACCCAAAGAAGUGGGCGACGCUGUUGACACACCACGUCAUGUGCAACACCCACACGUGACGGUAGACGCCGCCGAUCCAAAAGCCUUGCCACGCCGAGUUGAAGCAGAGGUAGCCCACCAACGUUGGGAACGCAUAGCACAUGACGAGAACGCUGGCCAGGUAGUGCUUCUUUUGGAAUUGCACCAACGGGUCUUUUUCCAAGUCGGUGAAGUUCAUCUUCUUGCCUUCUCGGAACACAUCGGCGUGCUUGCGGACCAUCACCCAACCCAUGUGGGCAAAGAAGAAACCACGGCGGGAGUUGUGCGGGUCCGCCGUCGUGUCUGACCCCUUGUGAUGCACGCGGUGGUCGCGUGACCAUUCAAAGAUGCUGCCUUGAAACGCCAUAGAGUUGCACAGCGCGAGAAAAACUUGAAGAGGAAAACGCGCCUUGUACGAUCGAUGUGCCCACAGCCGAUGAGCGCCGGCCGUGAUGCCGAGGCCGGAGAAGAACCAGAGGCCGAUCCACAGCGUCAUGAUCGACAGAAACGAUGCUUCGGGGAGGACAAAGAAGAGGGUGUACAGCGCCAUUGCGUGCCAUACAGACAGGAUUGCUACGUUGUACCACACGACCUCAUCCCAUGAGAAGGAAGGAGUUGGGGAGCCAAACACGGGGGCUCUCGCGCCGUCAGUCAUCGGGACGAAGCGGCGGAGGGAUGCCGGUGGGGAGGAAAA